UUUUUUACCUUCUACCCUUGGCAUAGCACUUGGUCUGCGAAACGCGGAAUGACCUGAACGGGAUCGUUAGUAUACAGAACGGAAAGGUUGCCAAGCGCAGAAGGGUUCAAGGAGUCGAGCAUAUGCAAUGGACCAAAAUAAACAAAACCCAGAAGAUUAUGGUUAUCAGUUAUUUCCGGAGAGAAAUUCAGGGAGAUUUAAAAAAGGAUCUGUAGCAGAAAGCCUGUUCACUUUCAAUCACAAGUGUCAGGUCAUGCUGAAAGUUGCACUGGACACAAGUCCGUAUGCAAAAUUGCUUCUUAGUGCAAUGAAGCAAUCAGGAUGUACUGUUUAUAAAGAGAGGCAUUUCUCCUGUGAAGACUGUGAUGGGAUUGUCAGUGGUGGAUUUGAUGCUACAACCUCCCAGAUAGUGUUGUGCCAGAAUAACAUUCACCAGCAGGCCCAUAUGAACAGGGUAGUAACCCAUGAACUGAUUCACUCAUUUGAUCACUGCCGUGCUCAUGUUGAUUGGUUUGAUAAUUUCAAACACUUGGCCUGUUCAGAGGUCCGAGCUGCCAAUCUUAGUGGAGACUGUUCUUUCAGUAAUGAGCUGAGUAGGUUUAAAUUUGGACUAAAACAACAUCACCAGGAAUGUGUGCGGGACCGAGCCCUUCGUUCAGUCCUAGCUGUUCGAAAAGUGAGUCGGGAAGAAGCGGAGAAAGCUGUGGAUGAAGUUUUUGAAAGCUGUUUUAAUGACCAUGAACCAUUUGGAAGGAUCCCACACAGCAAAAAUGAUGCGAAAUAUGCGUACAGAGAUUUUCAAAAUCGAGAUCGAUACUAUGCCAAUCUUUGAAAAACAGACAGUUUUAAGGAAAAAGGUUCUACAAGUAAUACACAGAACAGUGUUGUUGUAAAAGUCGCUGUAUUUGAGCUGCGUUUUACACGCAACAUAGGUUUUCUGCUACUUUUUGCAACUGGUACAAAAAAUGUACUAGUGAUUAAUAAUAUUAAAUUGUGUGUUAAAGAAAAAGAGAAGUAAAAAUACAAAAAAAUGUAUAUGUAGCUGAUUAAAAAUAUUUAAAGAGUAAUUCGUGAUAAAGAAAAUUUGCCUUCUUGAAUUAGUUGGAUACACAUUUCAGCAGUUUUUAUUUUAACAGUAGCCAACACUCUAGUUAUGCUACCAUACCAGCAGCUGUUAUUACAACCAGUCCACCCUUUAUUAUAACUUUAGUUUUGGUUUAAUCAGAUUUAAUCAGCCAUGGAUGCAUGUCAUGCAUUAUGUUUGCGCUGCAACCUGCAUGUGUGAGUUGGGCAUGUUGGUAAAAUUGAACUUUUCCACAUAUUCAGGCAGUUUUCCUGAUUUGAAAUUCAUAUCGCCUUAAAAGUUAAACUUAAAAAUCUUUAACCUUGUACAGUACGAUGUGUCUCAGAAGUUAUUUGACAGCAUAUUUUAAUGGUUGAUAGAAAACCUGACUGCUUCUCAGGUUUUUUAAACUUCAUUUUUAUUUUAGUAUUUUUUUUAUUCAGACAGUUAAUGUAACAAAUUGAGGGCUUUGAAUUACCAUAAAUGAUUCUCAAGUCGGACAAAAGAUAAUUGACAACUAGUGCCACCCAGUGGACAACCACCACUACCAUUGUGAGAAUCCCAACACGCAUGAAAACUAGCGAUGUGUGCAAAGACAUAAAAAGUUGAAUUCAAUAUUACAGUCACAUGUUAAGCAGAGGAAACCAAAUGUAAAAAGAAUACAACUGAAUAAAACUCAAAGGAUAUCAGUUACUUUAAGGUUUCCUCUCGCCCACCUUGAGGGACCAGUAACAUUCCUGCUGUUUUUAAAUUGUAUUAUUAUUUAUUUUUUAGCUGACGACCUUUUCCAGGGCAACUUACAAUUGUUACAAGAUAUCACAUUAUUUUUACAUACACUUACCCAUUUAUACAGUUGGGUUUUUACUGGACCAAUCUAGGUAAAGUACCUUGCUCAAGGGUACAGCAGCAGUGUCCCCCGCACCUGGGAUUGAAUUGUGUGUUUUGUGACGGUUGUGACUACUGUCCACUGAUUUAUUGAGAGCAUUACCAACAAUCCAUUGUGAUCUAAAAAAAUUGCUAUAGCCCAGUGAGUCACCCACCCACCCCAGUGAGUCACCCAACAGUUUCAUAUUUCUGAAUGCUCAUGGCAAUAGAUGGUUGGGCAGAAAUUGGGUGACAUGUCUUUGAAGCGAUGGUUUGUAAUCUAUUGGAAUGAAAGGCCUGUACCUGCUUUAAUCAAAAAGUGCCUCUUGAAGAGAAUGCAUAUUUAAAGUACUAAAAUAUUAAAAUUAUAUCCCUGUUGCAUAAUCACAGUAUUCAAUGUGAGACCACCUACAGUAGGUUGGUACAAUAUGGAAUAACUGGGGUCAUUAUUUAUAUAAAUAAUUUUAAAAUCUCCAUUGCAAAUUCUAAUUGAAUCCAGACCAUGAAUUUAAUUAGACAAGAUGUUGUUAAAAAGUACAGUCUUACAGGCAUUUAACAAAAACAACCGUGGGGAAGAUUCAGUCUCAGUCUUGUGUGCCACCAAUUAUAGAGUCCGAAAGUGAUAACUUUAAAGAAGACACAGACAUUUUUGUCCUUAGCAUUGAAUUUUAAUUAUAUAAAGAGACAGUAGUCAAAUACGCUCUUGGUUGCUAUAAAUUCUGUAAUAAAAGUUUUGCAUUUUGUAGGCUUCAUUUGAAAAAUAUUUAAUAUAACAUAUUUGCCUGGCGUAUUACCAGUAACACAUAUCUUUUUGUAUUUAUUUUUUUCAGUAUUGGGUCUUCAGAUGUUGUUUGAGUGAAUGUAAGUCUAAGCAUGUUUAUAAAGGUUGCCUUAAAACUAAUUGUGGUGGUUACGUGAAGUCCUAAAAUGCAUUUUAUCAUGAGAGCAGAGAUAGCACAGUGUCAGUAUGUCAAUAGGAAUUGCAUUCUGCCCUGCUACAGAGUGCUAGUGACACGCCUCAACAGUCCUCUUAUUUACAGGUGAACUUUGUCAAAGAAAAAAACAUUUUAAAGAGUAAGAAGCUGUCAUUUUGUAUGAUGUUUGUAAUUAAUAACUUAAGUACUGCUUUUUUGUUUUUGUUUUGCUUAAUAACUUUGUGUUAAGGUACUUAACAUAGACUGCUCUUCGGUUCUAGUUGCCUCCCAUAGAUGUAAACCUUGGCUAGAUCAAUGUGAUUUUCGAAAUGAGAGCCAGUACCUUCUAAUGAUCUGCCAAAGUUCAGUAAAUACACUGGAUGGUGCUGAUGCUUACUAAUACAGUCUAAAUAUGUUUGGACUGAUCAAGCAUACAUUACAUGUUUAUGGCAGGCAAAAACAACUGAUGAUCAGCAACUGAACUUGUGAAAAAAAAAACAUAUUCAAGUAAUCACAAUAAGAACCACUAAGAAUGGUUGAAAACAUAAUAAAAAAGAGUAGACAACAGUACAAAAACUAAGACAAUGUAAAUUGUAACUACCUACUCUUUAAUUUUAAUAAACUGGUAGCAUGCAACUCUCAA